AUGAACGAGCCCCAAAAUGUAACGUACGUAUGGAUGAUGAGUAUUUUCGACGCCGUUGUCGUUGAGUCGAGGGCAGAUGUACCACCUGGUCUUCCCCGCUUCCGAGAUCUGGAUGGUAUUCCAGUUGAGCUAGUGUUCAACUAUCGCUCUUUGUGGUUUGCGAGCAAUUGUUUACAGCGCGAAAGGACCAGUCGCCGCCAAUAUCACGAGAUUCUGAGGAGAGAAGACUCCACGACUACACAACCUCAAAUUCUUGAACACGAGACCUGGCUGUGUCUUGCGGUGGACCGCAAAGCAAGCGGAAUCAUGGAUGUCGAGGUCGAGACUUCGGGUUCCGCCGUCCCAAACGAUCCACUCCCCAGAUACGUUUACAAACCUCUUCAAUCCGACCUUAACAUCAGAUUGAUUCAUCUCAAGCCGGCCACAGACCCAGAAGCAGAAAUAGUCUUGUACCUCUCGGAGCACCACAUCACCAGGGCGCCACGCUAUGAAGCGCUCUCGUACACGUGGGGCGAUGCCUCUGACGUCCGGGAUAUCACCAUCAUUACGCCUAUUACGACAUCAGGGUCGCUCCCUGGAAGUGAUUCCCAAGAUCACGAUGCCAAACAGGUCGCUGAGUUAGAGGUAUCUUCUCAGCAAAAUCUUCCUCCCACGACUUUGUCGGUAACCUACAACUGCUAUUCGGCCCUUCGCCGCCUGCGAAAUUCCACCACUCCCCGUAGGAUAUGGAUCGAUGCCAUCUGCAUCAACCAGGAUGACGUCCAGGAACGCAACAGCCAAAUCUCACUGAUGUACCUUAUCUACCAGCUUUGUAUUCGCCUUGUCAUUGACGUAGGCGACGCAUCGCCCACCAGUAACGCUGCUAUUGACUUCAUCGUCCAGUACCAUCAACAUCGAGACGCCGGCGAGCUUGAUGAAGAUGGUGUCUACGAUAUAGCCACCGGUCUGCAUAUCAGAGACAUUAUCUGCGAGUUCUACGCUCGCCCUUGGUUCUCACGCGUAUGGGUACUUCAGGAGGUUUUUCUGGGGGCCGGAAAGUUUAGGUGGGAGUCCGCCCGUCUCCCCGCCUUGCUCAACUGCGGUGGCAGAUCGGUCCAGUGGUCAAAUUUCAAACCGCUGCACAUAAACGUCGAUUCUAGCCCCGCAGGAGAGACUGAGAACUGGCACAUAGGACUCCCCAGUAUUACUUUACUUCCACUCGUCCUUCGCAUCGUCCCAUUUGGCUCAGAAGAUGAUAAGCCUUCGCCUCGACACGAUGAAAGGUUUAGGUUUUUAGGUAAUGGAAACGGCGAAGAUACACUCAAUCUCUUGUGCCUCGCACGAAGUAAUGAGGCGACGGAUCCUCGGGAUAAAGUGUUUGCUCUGUUGUCAUUGCGAGUACGUCUUAGUGCCCACCCGAUGAUGGAGGCUGACUAUGGCAAACCCGUAACAGAGGUUUACAUCAACGCUGCGGUGUGGUUGUUGCGGGAAGGAGGUCUGCGCUUUCUCAGCUGUUGUGGGACAAUGCAAGAAACGAUCACGGCAGACCGGAGGGACUCCCUUCAUGGGUGCCAGACUGGAAUGAGAGGUAUUCGAAGCAAUGGAUGA